ACACGCGCCGCCGCCCUCGCGGAAGAGCUCCCUUCGGUUUCGUUUCUUUGGAAAUGCUUCGCCUUUAUAAACUGACUGAUGUUGACGAGCUGCAUCCCGCUGAAAGCACCUCAACAUGUCUGCUGGUCUCCACCUUGUGCUGCUCAUGCUACUGUGUGUGGACCGGGCUGUGGGCCGGCCCGUCCACGGGGACAUUUUGGAGAUUAAAUCUGUGUCGGGUACAAACUCCGCUCUUGAAUGCACCACUAAAUCCAAGCCUGGUGUCCAGUACAUCGCGGUCAGGUGGUACAAGGUCGGCGAAGCUCCGUCGCCGCGUCUCUCGGGCCUGUUGACCAAAGACCUCCCCAGCGGCCCGACGCAAUGGUACAUCGGCGUGGAGCGAGAGGUGGAGCUGCUGGGCGAGUCCUGCAACAUCUUCCUGCGCAAUGUGACCUGCGGUGACAGCGGCAUGUACAUGUGUCACCUGGCGGCGCCUGUGGGGCAGCAGAACCGGGAGGGGCAGGUGCGCCUCACUGUGACAGAUUGUCCCGCAGAAGAUCCCGCAGAAGAUCUGAUGACAGACACUUACCUGGUGGUCUUCGCUUCAGUCGUGCUGCUUCUUGCACUUCUGAUAUUCCUCAUCAGCUACUGCAGUUUGAAGAAUAUCAUCAGGGACAGAAACAGGAAAACAACAAAAGAAACUUUGUUGGAUUCGAACAAAACGCUGAACGAAAAGGACUUAAAGUUGAUCUAUACUUUGGGACCUAAAGUUUCAUCCCCCGUCAAAUACCCAUACGUCCCGAGGACGGAGAUGACGCAGAAACUGCAGGAGAAGUAUCAGGAGAAGAUGGCGUCUUUCUUUCUGCGUGUGUCUUUGAAAUGAGGCAGAAGGUUCGGACAGCGUGAGCAGGAGGAGCUCCUGCAACCUCAGCUGCACAUUCCCGUGAAGCCUCGUCCCUGCAAACAUUUAAUCAGACGAUAUUUAAUCACGAGGUAGAGCGGUCAGUCCAGUGGAUGGACGGUCGGGGGUUCGAUCCCCGGCCCCUGCUCCCGAUGGCCAACAGUGUGUGUGAUGUUUCAUUCAUUCAUCAUUUAAAUUAUAUUACAUGAACCCUUUCAAAUGUCCAGCCAAGCAGGACAACGACCAAUUUGUAGAAAAGUCUUCAGAAGCUGUGCAGCUUGCGGACACAGAGCGGGGUCUUCGUCUCCCGGAGAGAGACUGGAUGUGGAGCUGGUCGCCGGGGCUCGGGAGGUGCACCGGGUAUCGAAAAGGUCGGCGGUUCGAGCCCCGAACAGAUCCUGUCUAUCUGUGGAAGACAGACAGGAGGAGGCGGGGGCACUGAUGGUAAGAUAAGAAGUCAGCACUGAGCAGAACAACUUCAGGCUUUUUAGCAAGUUUUGAGGUGAAUUUAAAAAACUAAAUGAAACUAUAUUAUUUUUUAACCGUUUAUAUAUCAUAUAUAUAAACGGUUGAAUCCUUACUGGUAACAAAACAACAAGAAGGUGUGUCCUGGCAGUCGACUCGGCUUUAAACAAGCCUCAACUCGUCUGUGAGGAAGUCAGGAGGGACAAUUAUGUGAAAUUCAACUCUUUGUUAGUUUGAGAGGGAGCGGUCGACACACUCUUCCAGUUUUACCUUUUCAUUGAUCUCCUCUUAGACAUGUCCCCAGACAGGUCUUUAUCCCACAUAUCUUUACUCUCUCUGUUUCAUCGCAUGUCACGGUGGAAACAAAAAGGAGAACUGAGCUUUUCAAAACAGGAACUGAAAAAGUAUUUGAAGCUCAUACGAGCUUUAGACACCAUUACUCUCUGGGUUGUUUAUAUAUAUAUAUAUAUAUAUAUAUAUAUAUAUACACACACAUUUUAUUGUCAAACGGCUCCAAGCUUGUCUUCCAGUCUUGAUUGGAUUCCGCUUUAAACUAAAUGUAAAGAAUAUGAAAGUAAAGAACGAACUGAGGACGACAGAGUUUGCUUAUGACCUAUGAAAAGAAGGACUGAAAGGUUUCUGUAAAGUGGUAUGUCUGUAAGAUGGUGGGUUAUGAAGAUACUGGUCAUUUUUAAGUCAUGGCUUCUAUGACGCUGGUUUCUCCUCGCUUUUUUAACAUUCAGGUGAAAUUGAAGUUUUCAGGUUCAAGAUUCAAAGGCUUUGUAUAUACUAUACUUAAGACUUAACACAUUCAUGUAAUAGUGAGUAAAAUGCAGGAAUAAGUCAAAUAUAUAUAUAUUUCAAAUCUGUUCAAAUUUGUUUGUAUAGAUCUUUAAAACUAUUCUUCAUGCAAAGAACUUAAAAAUAAACUACAAUAAAAUACAA